CAGCCCGUUAGAAAAGAUCAAUUCUUUAUUUGUGGAAAACACAGAAGUGGGGCUAUUUAGGCACCACCAAUGUUUAUGUAUUAUAUUCAUAUGGCAGAUAAUAAACACAGCACCCUGGAAGUUUGCGCUUUGGGUAUUAAAAAAAGAAAAAGAAAGAAAGAAAAACCUUCUUAGGUCACUAUCUUCUUUUGCUCCUUUCUAUCUGACUCCUCAGGCAAGGUGCAAUUCAAAUCCCUGGAGAACCUCUCAACUGUUGUCAAGCUGCUGUUCAAUGUUACUCAGAAAUAAGGAAAGAAAUUUGACACGGAGACACUCCACAUCUUGGCUGCCUGGAAAAAUAGCAUCUUUGAGGUCUUUCAACUCACUAAGUCAUUUUUAUUAUUGUUUUGUCUGUCUAUUUUCUGGUACAGUCUCAAAGACGUGUGGCCCUAAUCAUGCAAAACUGAUCUGGGGGAAAUCAGUUGUUUCUUCACGUCUUCGCAGGAUUCUAGCUCCGCCAACUACCUCCGUCGCCUUGUAAAACUGGCAGGCUCUGGACGUUUUGCAUGCUGAAGAAAAUCACUGUUUUGCCUCCAGCAAGGAACAUAAAUGUUGCAACACUGACUCCUCCUCUCAUGAAGAAAGAGUGAACAAGUGCACGGAGUUGAGCUUCUUCUCACAGAGCCACCGGGCUGGGGACAGUGGAGCGGAGGCUGAAAUCCCCAGACGCCGGUUUUCUGGGCUGGGCUUUCUGCCUUACUCACUCAUUCUCCCUCUUUCUGGAUUUUACCGACCGUUCGCGAAACAGCUUUCCACACAAUGGAGCUUCACCUCCUCGUGCAGGAAGUGCUCAUCGACUGAUUUGGCAGACUUUGCUCCCCGGCAAAAGUUGUAAAAGGAUGACUGCGUAGAGCCACAGCAUUCUCCUUGUCAGUGUAGGAAAUGCAGAGGAGGAUGUUACCUCCGGCACUUGCCUCUCAGACACCUAACAAAGAUGAGGAAGGCUGCAGCCUGAAGCGUGGGUGAGGUGUCCAACCGCCCAAAGGCGACAGCUGAAGAACUCUCCUAUUCAUGGAGGCGAACACUGAGGAUGCUUCCCACAUGAAUCCUGAAGUGAACCUCUGAUACAUUUCCUGUAGCAAGAGAAGGCAGCCAACAUGAAGGAAAAUGUGAUAUCUGCAACUGUUGUCACUCUGCUACUUUUUCUCAACACCUGCCUUCUGAAUGGACAGUUACCUCCUGGAAAACCUGAGAUCUUUAAAUGUCGUUCUCCCAACAAGGAAACAUUCACCUGCUGGUGGAGGCCUGGGACAGAUGGAGGACUUCCUACCAAUUAUUCGCUGACUUACCACAGGGAAGGAGAGACACUCAUGCAUGAAUGUCCAGACUACAUAACUGGUGGGCCCAACUCCUGCCACUUUGGCAAGCAGUACACCUCCAUGUGGAGGACAUACAUCAUGAUGGUCAAUGCCACUAACCAGAUGGGAAGCAGUUUCUCGGAUGAACUUUACGUGGACGUGACUUACAUAGUUCAACCAGACCCUCCUUUGGAGCUGACUGUGGAAGUAAAACAGCCAGAAGACAGAAAACCCUACCUGUGGAUGAAAUGGUCUCCACCUACCCUGAUUGACUUAAAAACUGGUUGGUUCACGCUCCUGUAUGAAAUUCGAUUAAAACCCGAGAAAGCAGCUGAGUGGGAGACCCAUUUUGCUGGGCAGCAAACAGAGUUUAAGAUUCUCAGCCUACAUCCAGGACAGAAAUACCUUGUCCAGGUUCGCUGCAAACCAGAUCAUGGAUACUGGAGUGCAUGGAGUCCAGCGACCUUCAUUCAGAUACCUAGUGACUUCAUCAUGAAUGAUACAACCGUGUGGAUCUCUGUGGCUGUCCUUUCUGCUGUCAUCUGUUUGAUUAUUGUCUGGGCAGUGGCUUUGAAGGGCUAUAGCAUGGUGACCUGCAUCUUUCCGCCAGUUCCUGGGCCAAAAAUAAAAGGAUUUGAUGCUCAUCUGUUGGAGAAGGGCAAGUCCGAAGAACUACUGAGUGCCUUGGGAUGCCAAGACUUUCCUCCCACUUCUGACUAUGAGGACUUGCUGGUGGAGUAUUUAGAAGUAGACGACAGUGAGGACCAGCAUCUAAUGUCAGUCCAUUCAAAAGAACACCCAAGUCAAGGUAUGAAACCCACAUACCUGGAUCCUGACACUGACUCAGGCCGGGGGAGCUGCGACAGCCCUUCCCUUUUGUCUGAAAAGUGUGAGGAACCCCAGGCCAAUCCCUCCACAUUGUAUGAUCCUGAGGUCAUUGAGAAGCCAGAGAAUCCUGAAACAACCCACACCUGGGACCCCCAGUGCAUAAGCAUGGAAGGCAAAAUCCCCUAUUUUCAUGCUGGCGGAUCCAAAUGUUCAACAUGGCCCUUAAUACAGCACAGCCCCAGAUCCUCCUACCACAAUAUUACUGAUGUGUGUGAGCUGGCUGUGGGCCCUGCAGAUGCACCGGCCACUCUGUUGGACGAAGCAGGUAAAGAUGCUUUAAAAUCCUCUCAAACCAUUAAGUCUAGAGAGGAGGGAAAGGCAGCCCAGCAGAGGGAGGUGGAUAGCUUCCAUUCCAAGACUGACCAAGAUACGCCCUGGCUGCUGCCCCAGGAGAAAACCCCCUUUGGCUCCGCUACACCCUUGGAUUAUGUGGAGAUUCACAAGGUCAACAAAGAUGGCGCAUUAUCAUUGCUACCAAAACAGAGAGAGAACAGCGGCCAACCCGAGAAGCCCAGGGCUCCUGAGAACAGUAAGGAGUAUGCCAAAGUGUCCGGGGUCAUGGAUAACAACAUCCUGGUGUUAGUGCCGGAUCCGCAUGCUAAAAAUGUGGCUUGCUUUGAAGAAUCAGCCAAAGAGGCCCCACCAUCACUUGAACAGAAUCAAGCUGAGAAAGACCUGGCCAACUUCACUGCGACACCAAGCAAGUGCAGGAUCCAGCUGGGUGGUUUGGAUUACCUGGAUCCCGCAUGUUUUACGCACUCCUUUCAUUGAUAGCUUGACUAAUGGAAUGAUUGGUUAAAAUGUGAUUUUUCUUCAGGUAACACUACGGAGUACAUGAAAUGUUCAAGAAUAUAGUCAGACUGACACUACUAAAGCUCCCAGCUCCUUUCAUGCUCCAUUUUUAACCACUUGCCUCUUUCUCCAGCAGCUGAUUCCAGAACAAAUCAUUAUGUUUCCUAACUGUGAUUUGUAGAUUUACUUUUUGCUAUUAGUUAUAAAAUUAUGUGUUCAAUGAAAUAAAAGCACACUGCUUAGUAUUCUUGAGGGAUAAUGCCAAUAGAAAUAUCCUCUGGAAAAGGCUUUCGUGAUUUGGCAUGGGACAGACGGAAAUGAAAUUGUGAAAAUUGUUUACCAUAGAAAGAUGACAAAGGAAAAUUUUCCACAUAGGAAAAUGCCAUGAAAAUUGCUUUUGAAAAACAAUUGCAUAACCUUUACACUCCUCCUCCAUUUUAUUAGGAUUACCCAAAUAUAACCAUUUAAGGAAAGAAUGCAUUCCAGAACAAAUUGUUUACAUCAGUUCCUAUACCUUACUGACACAUUUCUGAUAUGCAAGUAAGAAAUAAUGCCUCCAUUUUUUUCUUAAAAUAGUUUAGAUAUGUUAAGCAUGGAUUUUCCCCCUAAAUUCUAUUUUAAAGCCUCUAUAGAAUAUAGUUUGAAAAUUAAAAUUUUCUUACACAAGGGGCAGAUGAAUUUCAUGUGAAUCCUUUUAGGAUGUUUUCCUGCUUCUUUUCAGCAUAAUAGAUAAUUUAUUAUACACCUUAGUCUUUUCUUAGUUAAAAAAAAAAUUCCCUAAAGACUAACUUUAAAAGAAAACCACAGCAGGAUGCUAAUGGAAUUACUGCCUUACUGUACAUACAAAUUCUACUUUAAUACAAACCCAUAAGUUUAACAAUGUAUUUUUGAAGACUAUUUUUCUAUAACUUAGGUAAAAUAAAAGACUAUUUUCUAUCUUCCCAGUACAGCUGUUUACGUAUUCAGUGGGUAAAGUAUUUUCUGCUGCGAGGUUAUAAUGUGUAUUUACAGUACAUAGUAGUAUAUGCAGUUCCCGUUUGUGGAGUAAAAUGCCAUACCAACCCAAAGCCCACUGUGAAAUAUGAAGUGAAUGACAAAAUUCAGUUUCCAGCACAAUGUAGUAUAGUUUAUCUGAUUCUUUUUAUCUCCAGGACACUUUAAACGACAACUACCACCACCACCAACCUAGGGAUUUAGGAUUCUCCACAAACCAGAAAUUAUUUCUCCUUGGAGUUUCAGGCUCCUCUGGGACUCCUGUUCAUCAAUGGGUGAAUCUUCCUAAAGCUACCAUAAAAAGGGAGAGCUAUGAUUUCUAACAGCUGUUUAAAAGAGAGAGGUUUUGUUUUUGUGAGAAAUCUUGAGCCACAAAAAAAUUUUAAGCAAAGCCAGGAGUUAGUGUCUCUCUGAAGUAAAUUCAACUGCAAAAUCUUGGCAGUGGCAGAAACAACUCAUAUCAGAAGUGUCCAAAUAAAGGUUUUGGGAAACUAGGUAUUUGUAUAGCAAUGGAAAUAGCUCCAAAGGUCAGAGUGUGGUAGUGAGAAUCUCCCAGUCAGUUCCAAUGCCAGGCUUCCUGAAAGAAGUCAAAGCUUGGAUCUUUAUUUUAAAGGGCGCAUCCAUGACUCAUCUAACACCCUCCCUCUAUUUUUCCCUUCACUUGAUGGUAAAUCUAUUCUCUGUGUCCAUUUACUAGCUGGACAUAGAGAACUUGAGCUCACCUCUGGGAGUCAAAUAUUCCCAACUAGCUCAUACUGAUAGCAACUGGACUCAGAGGUCUCCCCCCGGCCCCGUUUGGAAGUGAACACAUUGCCAAUGUUUUGAGAAUGUCAAAAGCAAUAGAUAUGAAGCUCCAUUUUCCUAACAUAUGAAAAAUAUCAUGUGAGUAAGGGAAGCAUGUGGGAAAGUUGUCCAAGCUCAUUCAGUCCCCUAAAUCCUCAAUACUUAAACUGUCUGAGAACCAACUGCAUAGGCAUCACUUGGGCAGUGUUUGAAAAUUCUGUUUGCAGAAUCUUAGGCCUUAUCUCUAACCUAAAGCAUCAGAAUCUGCAUUUUACUAAGAUCCCCAAAUGAUUCAAGUGCACACUGAAGUUUGAGAAGCACUGUUCUAGACAACCAUUUCCACUAUUUUAGUUAUUUUAGUGCAUAGUAACAAUCUUCUUUUGGAAAGGACAGAUCAAGUCUGUUUGACUUGCAAUGAACAACACUGCAGGUAAGAAAACAAAAAAAGAAACAUAUCAGUAGUUUAAGAUUCCCAUUAUGCCGAAUCUUAUGUGAAUUCACAUAAAAGAAUGACCUGCAAAAGUAUGCACAACUUCUGAAAGGCCAAGGAAUAUAGUCUACCUUGAGAGGCAUUAACCAAAGACAGUCACCCUCAAAGCCAAUGCAGACUAAACCUUUCCUAACAUAGUCUAUUCUUCUCUAAGAAUAGAGAAGAUAUGUAUCAGUCACUCUUAAAGUCUGAAAACCUAAACAUAAAAGUAAUCUGCUUUUGACAGAUAAUUUUGUAUAAUACAUAUGAAAAACUGUGACAGCUAAGGACUUGAAUUAAAUCCCUAAAAAACACCAAUUAGCCACUCAUCAAGCCAAGACUUUAAUUCUUUGAUCAGUUAGCACUGUUUAUCUGAAUUAAGCUUUUUUGUGGUCUAUCAAGGAGACAGCUGUUCAAAUGGAAGGAUACAUGUGGGGCGGGGGACAGUCAAGAGACCUGGAUUCUGGUCCUAACUGCUUUGCCUUGGAGAGAUUAAUUCCCCUCUCUAAGCCUCAGUUUCCUCUGAAGAUGUUGGACCAGAUAACCUCUAAGGUCCUUUGAAACUGACUCCUGGCUUCCAUGACUCACUGAAUAUUUUUCUGCAAAAAUAAUUCCAACCAAUGCCUUCUAUCUUAAUCUAACAAAAAAUUGCUCUUCGUCAUAGAAAUACAAAGUAAUCUUCAGUGAUGUGCUCUUUAUACUUUGCUUUUUAAACCGUCAGUUCCAGUUAGUCUUAAUAUAUUGCAUGUGCAUUUUAUAAGUGAUAUGUGUACAGAAUCGUAUUCUAAGAUUAUGUGCAAAUAUAUGUGUAGAAAGAGGCAUUAAAAAAAGAGGCAGGAGAUUGAAAAGAGACAUAUUAAAGGAGGCACUAAUCUUUAGAAAAAUGAUCUUUCACUGAAUCAAGCCAUGCUCAUUCCUUGCUGAAUCCAACAGCCCCAAAUCUCUUUUCUUAUAUCUGGCUGUUAAUUUUUUUCCUCGCACCUUCCUAGAUUAUUAACAACCAUUGCGCAGUUGGCUCAUGGGUCCUUACACUCUGAGUUAUAAUAAGUUGUAUUUUUAUAAACAAAUACCUAAAUAUUCAAGUUUUAAGGCGCAUGGAAACUGAAUCUAGGCAGUGGGUGAUUUGUGUAGCUUACAACCCAAACAGCAAAAGGUUCCGAUUCGUUCUAACAGAUGUGUAUAAGCACAAGUUAGUAUCCGCUGUGUCAGAUAUUUAACAGAUCCUACAUUUAUUAGCUAUGUAACAGACUCUACAUUUUCCUAAGUGCCUAAGACCAAUCCUGGUAGUCACUUAAGUGCAAAAGACUCACUUUAACUGGCUUGGUCUGAAGGGGUCAAUCCGUUACUGCCUACACAAGAUCUGGGCGGUUUUGCUGUGUGUCUUGUGAUGACCCAGCUGAAUGUGAAAAGCCUGUGAGUUAUUGAGCAACCAGAGGCCCCUGCAUUCCAAGAAGCAGUUUGGCUCUGGGGAAACUCUGGCUUUCUCUUUCCUCAAGUGUCCACCACUGCCCAUCAUUUGCAGAAAGACUUGGCCCUGCCUUUAGCAACUUCCCUAUCUCCUUAGAGUAGACAAGAAAGAAACAGAUUUGUGCACAUUUUACAAAGUGCCUUCCUCUAGUUUUAUUUUUUUUUUAAGUUUUCAUUUUUCAAGGAAAAAUGUGUUGAUUAGAAAGUAACUUUUGCCUUGUAGGGAGAUAGAUAGAUAGAUAGAUAGAUAGAUAGAUAGAUAGAUAGAUAGACAGACAGACAGACAGAUAGAUGAGAAGAAGCCAGAAAGGGCACAACAAAAUGCUCUAAGGGUCAACCAGCAAAUGUUCAGUGAAUGUUUACGUAUUGUUUAAUUGAAUCAACACAGAGCUGUUGUGAAUAGUGUGACUUACUUUGCCUGAUAAGAAAUUGAGUCUGGCUGUGAUUUGGGGAUAAAUCUGCCACGCUGUGAUUUGAGACUCUUCAUACCAAAACAUAUUGAUACGUUUUUGAAUGUCUUUGGCUUACAUGCCUAAACCUGAAGAGAACAAUGCAUGUACAUUGGAACUUUGCACACAAACAGAAAAAUAUAAAUGACUUUGAAUUAACAUCCCAAGUGUUGCUAACAUAGAUGUGCCAUUGAUGAAAGUCUCAUGUGUUCUUGAGUGAACAAAUUUCCUUUUCUGCCUUUUUGGCUCAAGCACAAUAAUACUGUCACUAAGACAGUGACUGAGCACUCAAUGUCCAAGACUAAAUCACAUCGCCACGACUAAGUAGGCUCUCUGUCCUGGGAUGUCUUUUAAAAUCUGGACAUCAGGUUCCUUACUUGUUAAAUAAGUGGGUUGGCCUAAAAGGUUUCUAAGACCUCUCAUGAUCUAGGUGAAAUCCAGGGUUUCAGGUCAGUGUCCCUGGUGCAGUGCAAGAAAGCCUUGCUGACAUGCCCUUGGCCUGAAGCAGCGAGCACGUGAAACUGUGUGACAAUGCCUAAGAGAAAAACAGAGAUCUGUUCCUCCAAGUCAGAUUGAUUUAACAUCCUUGCUUUUCCUUUUCCUUCCUAGCUUUACGUAUUUAUAGAGUUUUUACUUCUUCUCCAGAGCCUACUAUUUUUCCUAAGAGUUAGUAGCAACCAUAGGAUCCACAAGAAAUGAAAUUAUUCAUAAACAAUGACUUUGGCACUGCAAAAGUCUGAGUCAAAGGUUAAAUCAGUCACACAGAUAUCCAAGGCCAAGUUGAAGACCACAAGUAUAUCCCAUUUAGAGAUUUGCAUGCUUAGAGACUAAGCCCACAUUCAUUAAUUAUUUAGUUAAUUCAAAGGCCAUUAAUAAAUCCAUGCCCAGCCUGGGCAACAUAGUAAGACCCAGUCUCUACAAAAAUUUUAAAAAUUAGCCAGCCAUGGUGACACGUACCUGUAGUCCUAGUCACUUGGGAAUCUGAAGCCAGAGGAUUGCUUGAGCCCAGGAGAUCGAGGCUGCAGUGAACCGUGAUUGUGUCACUGCACUCCAGCCUGAGUGACAGAGCAAGACCUUGUCUCAAUAAAUAAAUAAAUCCAAGCUACUUUGAUGACUAGAUACGGGAGGUCUUAAGGAGAAGCUUUAAAAAUACAGAUUGAUUGCUUCAGAGAAAUCCUAUUUAUAAUUAUGAUCUGAACUUAUUCUAUGAUUAGCAAAUAUAUCAUCUGAAAAUAAAACAGGAGUUCUCUCCCCAGAUUUUUGUUUUUCAGGAUGGUGAGUUUUGGUCUAGGACCCUCAUGGCACCCAUUUCAAUAAAAGGAAAAAGAUAGUAAAAUAGGAAAUAGGAAGUUUCCAGAGAGAUCUGGGCAUCUCCGGAUUCCAGGAAAUGCUGAGACUAACCCACUAAAUCCAAAUUUUAUUGGAUAUGGUAAAUCUAAAUAUGUUCAGUGUUCUGAACAGAUUUUAUGAGUUUAUGUCCAAGAGAGGUACAUAAUUCACAAACACUAUCAUGCUGGCAGCUGUUUUAUCCACAUCAAUUCCCCUGAUUUAAUGCUCUGAUUUCAAUUUAGAAAGUAUUGAGACAUGUAAAGUCUCAAAACAGGAAAAACCUAUCUUGUUUAUAAGGUGUGGUCGAUAAAUAGACCACAGAUAACCUUAGUCUAUUAAUUAACUCUCAGAUAAUCUUAAUCUAUUCAUUAACAUUCUACUUGCUGCUGAUUAAAAAGAAAGAAACCCUAAAACCUUCAGCAACUGAAGUAGUAAUAUAAAAAAUAACCUUUACUAGUUAUGGUCAAAUUAGGCUUCACUUGGAUAAACCUCAAAAUGUAGUCUGAGUUCUUUUGUGCACACUUUACAAAUCCUGAGGAAAAAAAUCUUUUUUCCAUGUUAUCUGAAAAACUAUAUGGUGAAGAUACCUCUGAAAAAUAAUUUGUUUUAUGAAAUUCCUGAAAAGCUAAUUGUGAAUUUUUUAAAGAAACUACCUCCCCUUUGUGUCCUAAUGUCCUUCCUUCAAAGCUGCAUAUAGGUUAGAAAUGAAAGAUGUCACGUCUCAUGCUUUGACUGGUUUUUGGUGGCAUAUUUGAUGUAUUUGCCAAGUGGCAUUCCUGACUUCACAGUAACUGUUACAUUAUUUAGUACUAUAUUGCUUUAUGUGGUUCAAAAAUAGUAUACGCCAUACUGAAAUAUGUAAUCCUCAUGUUGUGAAACUCAUCAUGUAAUACAAAUGAAAAUCAUUACUUAAUAACUUACAAUUUAUCCAUAUGUAGUUGCAAUAUGAUUGUGUCUAUGACUAUAAAAAAAAACUGAAAAAAUAUGUAAUGUAUUUCUGUUGAAACGGUGAAUGUACUAAUUUUUUUCUUAAUCUUUGUCUGGAAGAAGCAUUCUAUGUCAUUCAUUGUACAGCUGCUCUGGGGUGUUACACAUUUAAAGUACAAUCCAACAGUUGUUUAAAAGUCAACCUCUCUGCUUUGUUUCAUGUGACUGCUGAAGCUUCUCAAGUGUUCUUUGUGUGAUGAGGCUUGCUUUUGUGCUUCAUCAUUCAUUUUAAACAAUUGAAAAGUCUCAUGUGGAAACCAAAGCAAUCUAGAACCAGCCUGUUGGGUGACUGUGUCUUCUGUAAAGCCAUAUUGAAGUGAAGCUAUACGUAAUAGCGUAAGGUUCCAUAUUUUCAAAGCUACCACUACCUCUGCUUUUCCUCUUUCCCUAGAAAAUGCCAAGCAAAAUUCCCCAACUCUAAGUGAGAAAUUAGAAGUAAUUGUUAUAAUUAAGUUGCUGGGUAUAUAUGUAUGUGUGUGUGUGUAUAUAUAUAUAUAUAUAUAUACACACACCUUCUAAUUCAUCACUUUGCAGGGUUAUGCGAGAGUUUCUGAAUAACCUUUCUUACAUUUUUACAUUUUAUAAAAACUGACUGCAAGAAAGGUUCAGAAAGAAUACUUAGUAAGUCAUCAGAUGAAAAACCAGCAAAACCAUAGAGUGCAGAUUUUUUCCUAACUAUAAGUCACCUCAUAGUUGUCCAAAGCCAUGAUAAUGAUAUCUCUUACAAACUGACUUCUGUAACCCUCCUAGAAAUAACCCUUUUCCUUAUUUGAUUUUAGCCAUCAAACAUAGUAUGAUGUGGGAAAAGUCAGUCAUUUACCAGGAAUAAUCUUGUUUUGAUUUUAAAAACUCAUUUCUGUAUGUAGUUAUUGUAAUGUCUUUUUUUUAGACUUAAAGAUUUAUAGAAGACUAUAGUUAUCUGAUUUGUUAUUUUGCAUUUUUCAUUCUGUAAAUCUUUGCUUGUGGCACAUUGUGCUCUCUGUUUUCCAUGGGUUUAUUCAUUUGUCUCCUUCUAUUUUGAGGGGACAACAUGGGUAGUUAAAUCUUUGUGAAUAGAUUGGAGAUAAUGCUAACUACUAUCAUAACAUCUUCAUUUUUAUUGCAUGCCAAAAACAAUGCCUGCCAAACAAAAUCUUAGACAUCCCAAUAUAAUGUGUUCAUUAUAUUUCUAUUCACACCAUUAUUGAAAAUACCCAGCUCAGUGCCUGGCUUAAUAAAUGCUUAAUUCCCUUACCUACUCUUGCCCUAAUUUUUUAUUUGAAAUGGAGAUGAGCAAAAUAACACAUUCAUGGCUGAAGCAUUUUUUUGGACAUUUCUUGUUGCUAAAAGAUCUAUAAUCAGGACGUUGUUUAUGUAAGUUGGACAAAAAAAGUUCUUCCCGUCUAUGUCCACCCUUCCAUAUGAUUGCAAAACAAAAUUUCCCUCCUUUACCUCAUCCCUAUAACAUAGGAGCCUGAGAAAAAUGAGGGAAGAUGGAACCAGAUAUAAGGAGAUCCAAUAAGAGAAGCUUAUUUAAAUAUUGUGAAAUAAUGGAAAAACCAAAGCAUUUUUUUAAGUGGGGAAUCCUUUUGAACAGUUAUUAUUUAUCCAUAUUGCUAACAACAGCUUUUCUGACAAAAUCCAUCAGAUGAAGUGCAAAUGGAUAAUCUUUUACUUUUAAUGGAUCUAGAACUAGAAAGUUUCACUUACUGUUCAUGUUUGUGUUGCAGAAUUGUGAAAUGGUGUGUGGUUUUGCUUUCCAAGUUCUUCUCUGCCUCCUCUUAAUUCUCUAAUGCCAUGUCUUACAGAAGAAUGAGAAAUUUCUUUCUUACUUGAGUAUCAUGCUCUAAAAAACUUGGCUUCAGUCAAAGAAAUGCUAGCUCUCCUGUGCUUAUAUUGAAGCCAUCUGCCUUUAAUUCUUGGGUCCUCUUAUAUUUUUAAGGUGCAAAAUUUGAAGUCUCAGUCACCAGACACAGGAUCUAUAUAAUUAAUGGUGAGCUGGAGAAGUAAUAUGUAACUAAUUUUUCAAAAGCAUUGAAUAUACUUUCCCGAAAGAAAACAGAAAUUAAAUAUUGCCACAUCUUGCCAGAUUCCCAUCUGACACCUUAACCUUGUCAGGUUUCCUACAACUUACUAAUCAAGUUUUACACCUUGUAAAUCUCCCCAGUUUUUUCGGGGCUGAAAGAUGCAACUUCUAUUUAAUAGAAACUUUGAAAUGUUGGGGUAAGGGAGCAGUAGGGGGACAGAGGAGAAGGAUAAGAAAUAGAAUUAUUGAAAAACCCCCAACAGGGACCUUCCUGGCCAGAAUAUGCAGAGUAACUUUUGCUGGCUUUACCUUUGAAAGUCCCUCAAAACCAUGCAGAUGAAACUGAGCCUGUUUUUGAUACUGUCAGAUGCAUUCUACUUUGGAGGUCCCAAUACCUAAACUGGAAUUCUUGUAUCUACAUCUCCUCCACCAUCCCCCACACCGCCCCUCAAUUCCUGUUGCCCCUGCUAAUGUUAAGCAUUUUUCUCUUGUUAUGAUCAGGUUCACAUUAAAAACAGAUACUUACAAACUGACUGGAAGCACAGAUACCUUUACGAAUGUGAUAAAAUAUUUUCUUAAGAAAAAGAAAGAGGAUGUCGGUCAAAUAAAACACUACAUGGAUGUUGGUUGGUGAACACUGGUGUAAGAAAAGGGAGCUCAGGAAUUUUUAUUACUGUAUUUGUAAAUGAGUUUGAAAGAAUUUGUAAAUGCCACUGGUACAUUUUUAAGGUGACACAUUUGCUCAUUAUAAAGUUAUUAAAAAUUACAGGGUAAGCUUAAAUGACAUUUGCCAGUAGUUUUACUUUACAUAAUCAAUACUGAUAUUGUUGCUGAACUAUGUAACUUUAUGAUGCAUUUUUCAGUCCCUUUUCAGAGCAAAUGCUUUUGCAAUGGUAGCAAUGUUUAGCUGAAAUUGACUUAAUAAAUUAUUACGUGAGCAAUGGU